GAUUGGCUAGCUGGCCGGAAGUGAGUACACGGUUGACGUCGCGGCUGCUCAGACUACCUUGCCAGGUACAUUAUGUGAGUGCAAGGAGAUCUGGUGUAGGAGAUGCUAGCUGCGUUGCGUCUGGCAUUCGUAGCGGUCCCAAUGGGCGUGCUGCUGUCCCGGACAAUGGCGUGGAUGUCCAGUGGCAAAACGCACCAGGAGCUCAUAACCAGACUGAGGGAUCAUGGCGUGAUUCGCAGCGACAGAGUGUUCAGUGCCAUGCUGGCCACAGACAGAGGAAUCUACACUAAAGAUUAUCCAUAUGCAGACUCACCUCAGACCAUAGGCUUCAGGGCCACCAUCAGUGCACCACACAUGCAUGCCCACGCUUUGGAACUGUUGAGUGACAAAUUAUCAGAAGGGGCAACUGCCCUGGACGUGGGCUCAGGAAGUGGUUAUCUCACAGCCUGCUUUGCAAGAAUGACGGGAACAGGCGGGAGAGUUGUGGGAGUUGACCACAUUGAUGAACUAGUUCAAAGUUCAAUAAGGAAUGUCCAAAAUGACGACCCGGAACUUAUUACAUCUGGACGAGUCAGACUCGUGGUGGGUGAUGGAAGGCUGGGGUACCCUGAGGGAGCCCCUUAUGAUGCCAUUCAUGUCGGUGCAGCUGCAGCAACAGUUCCUAAAGCUCUCCUAGAGCAGCUGAAGCCAGGCGGACGUCUUGUGCUUCCAGUCGGCCCCGACGGUGGUAGUCAGGUGCUGGAGCAAUACGACCGACAGAGUGACGGCACCUUCCUCAAAAGAGCUCUGAUGGGAGUGGUUUAUGUCCCCCUGACAGACAAGAGACGACAGUGGCCAGGAGGCGAGCUCUGAUUUCGAUGGGCCUGGCGUGGAGAUGGCUCUGCAUGUCUCCAACAUCUUAAGGUUCUUUGCUGGCUUCCACAGAGCUUCAUGCUGACUUUUUCUUGCUGAACUUUUAACUAACAACAUGCCCAAAGAGCAUCAGGCUCCAUUUUGUAGACCUCAUUAUCUUCCUACAGCAGGAUAACAAAUGAAGUGUGCACUUGUGCCAUGUUUUGGGGUUGAAUUGGUAUAAGUGGGAGAGAAAGAUUUUUUUAACCAGUUCACUACUGCUCAUGAAAAGGGAAAUUUGCGACUUUUGUUUUUCAUUAGUACAAUUUCACCAUUGUUGUAACUGAAUAUUUUAAUCUCACAAGUUGGGAGAAAAUGUGUAUAUUCAAUUGAUUAAAUAUUGCUACACUAUG